UGUUUAAAUGCGGUGCACUGAAGAGAAAAUCAACCCUCAUAGAGGGAAGGACAAGGGUUAAUCAAGAGGAGUGUUCGGGUAAAGGAAAGCCGUGUUUUCGCUUUUUUUGGACAGAGAAUAAGAAAUAUGAAAUGGAGAUUCCCCAAAAGGUACUAAGAAAAAUAGGAAGGACAUUAUCUGAUAUUGUCGCUCUGAAAAGCGCUAAUGGUAGACUUUGGAAUGUGGAAUUAAAGAGAUCUGGAGGCAAGGUUUGGUUUUACAAAGGUUGGAAGGAAUUCACGGAACAUCUCUCUUUAAGGGAUGGUUAUGUUUUGGGAAUCAGUUACAAUGGGAAUUCACAUUUCGAUGUGCGUAUUACCAACUUCAUGGAUGAUUCGGGAAACCAAGGAGAUUCUAAUCCUAAGAAAAGGUGCCGGUUGAGCAAAAGGGAAGAAGAUGAUGACGUGAUACUGUUGGACUCACCACCAUCUCGAACUCUUGUUGAAAGUAAGACAAAUGAGGAAAGAACACAGUUGUCAGUUCCUCCUGGUCUUGAUACCCCCUGCAACUCAACAAAAAUAAGGGUACAACGUCUUUGGUUUCGGCUGAAACCAGGUCACCCUGUGUAGGAAAUGAAAGAACUCCAUCAGGUUACUGUCUACCGGUUAAAGAAGUAAAGAGUGAGGACACGUCUGAUUCACCUGAGGCUAGGGGUGUCAACGGGUCCGGGUCCUUCCGGGUAUCAAUAGACCCGGACCCUACUUAUAAAGGUCGGAUCCGUGUCCUAACGGUUCUGGGUCCGGUUCCUACAUUUGUGGACCCAGAACCGGACCCGUUUAAAUACCCGGGUACCCAUU